CCCCUAACGUAACCACAAUCUUAUCUUAAACGACCUUAAACGAGACCAACGUGACCAAAACCCAACACUUCUUUUUCAAUUUAACCUGCCACUACCCUGGGUUGACCUCAUAAAAAUGCCAUCAUAAAACAUAAACAUUUAACGAGUUGUUCGCGAGAGCCACUAAAACCAACACCUAGGCGCCGCGGCUGACAUAUCCGGUCGAGCGUUGAUUCGCCGAUUGGUCAAGCUUACAUCCGAGUCAUUUGUAUCCAAAUCUACCCGAAACCUAACCGUUGAACGCAUAAAAAGUGCUCACUAACCGUGGCAGGUCGGCAGAGUUCAGCAGGUCGCAUCGGUGUCAAGUGGGCAGGUUGCAGGUCGCAGCAUUUUAAGAAUGAAAGUUUUGUGGGUCACCCUCGCAGCUGUCAUCGCAGUCGAAGGUUUCUACUACCCUUCAUUGGAAACGGAACCAUUUUUCUCGUUUGAUCAGCAGUACUGGGAAGAACCCUUUCAACCGUUGACGACAAGUGAGCUGUUUUCGAGUAAUCCAUUUGAAGAGUAUGAGUUUCCUACGUUUUGGGAGCUGUCUGAGCUGGAACCUCGGUACAUGAACUUCAUAGCUCCACUGAAAUCUUUGCUAAACUACAGGCCGGCACGAAAGGGAUCCAAAGUUACGCCGAAUGUCUUUGUGAAUGGACGUGGAUUCACCACGGAUCGAUACGUAGCCCCAAGCGUAGUGAAGAGGUUCCUGGCGAUGAAUCCCCGGUGAUUUUCACAAUUGCAUGCAUUUUAAAAUAAGUAGUUGAAUUUGUUGAUUUAUGGAGAAAUAAAAAAAAACAGUUUUAUUCG